AUGCAAUUCUUGGGCUUUUGUUUCGCAAAGUUACCAUUCCGUCGGUUUGUCUUUGCGAUUGCAAUUGCAUUGUGCUUUGCACAAGUCUCCUCUUCAUCGAAUGAAACCGACAAAUCCGCGUUGCUUGCAUUUAAGGCUGGGAUCAUCGAGGACCCUCUCGGGGUGCUUAGCUCUUGGAACAAUACGGUCAACCUCUGCCGAUGGUACGGUGUCACGUGCAGCCGCCGACACCACAACAGAGUCACUGUGUUGAACCUAAGUUCCAAGAUGCUUUUGGGAUCUAUCUCCCCUCACAUUGGGAACCUCAGCUUCUUGAGAGAACUGUGGCUGACUAAUAACAGUUUUCACCAUGAAAUCCCCUCCCAAAUUGGUCGGUUGCAGCGGUUACAUGUCUUAUCCUUGUCCAACAAUUCUCUCGUGGGCGAAAUCCCCAAGAACACUUCGGGUUGCCUUAACCUCCUCCGCAUCGGAAUGGAUCAUAACCAAUUGAAUGGAGAAGUUCCUCCAGAGAUGGGUUCAUUGGUGAAGCUUCGGUUUCUUCGUUUACAACGAAACAAUCUAACAGGAAGUGUCCCUUCUUCUAUUGGGAACUUAUCAUCGUUGGAGUCUCUUCAUCUUAGAGACAAUUACUUGGGCGGGAGUAUUCCUCGGACUCUAGGGCUACUGACCAAACUAACAUCACUUGAUUUAUCAGAUAAUCAGUUUUCUGGUAUGUUUCCGCCUUCCCUCUACAAUUUAUCUUCAUUGGUAGAAUUUGAUGGAGGAUAUAACCAAAUACAAGGAAGUCUUCCCACUACGAUUGGCUUUGGUCUCCCCAACUUAACAUUUUUCAGCAUCGAUUCAAACCAGCUUGUUGGAUCAAUCCCUCUGUGGAUACCUAAUAAUGCCACAAAUCUUCAAAUACUUCAACUUGGGAGCAACAACCUCUCAGGGAACGUGCCUUCUUUUGAAAAUUUGCGCAACCUUCGAAAGUUGAGCAUUCAAGUUAACCACCUUGGAAGUGGCGGAUCCGGUGACUUGAGCUUCCUUUGCUCAUUAACCAACAUCACUAGCUUAGCCAUCUUGAGUAUUACUGCUAAUAGUCUCGGUGGGUUGUUGCCGGAAUGCAUUGGUAAUCUCUCCAUUAACAUCACAUGGUUGGGAUUGGCCAUGAAUCAUGUUUUUGGUGAGAUUCCUAAAACAAUCGGCAAUCUUGUAAACUUGGAAGUCUUGGACAUGGGAAACAACAAUCUUUCAGGUGCUAUCCCAUCUGAUGUGGAAAAUCUUCAAAAUUUAGUAUUUCUAAUUCUUCAAAAUAACAAUCUGUCGGGGGUAAUUCCAUCCUCCUUGCAGAAGAUGAAAAAAUUGCUUAAAUUAUAUCUUGAUGGGAAUCACUUUUAUGGGCACAUUCCUUCCCAUCUAGUUAAGUGUCAAAGUCUGACUCAUAUGGUUCUCUCUGGCAAUGAUCUCAGUGGUUCAAUAUUCCCAGCGGUUAAAACUCUCAUCCAUUUGAACUUGUCUCACAACCAUUUGAGUGGUGCCCUUCCGGCGGAAGUGGGACAAAUUGACCAAUUAAAUAUUCUGGACAUUUCAGGCAAUAUGUUCAGUGGUGAAAUUCAGAGUACUCUAGGCAGUUGUGAUGGCUUGUCAAUAUUAAAAAUGAAGGAUAACCACUUCCAAGGAUCCAUCCCUCAAUCAUUGAGUUCUUUGAGAAGUAUUGAGGAAUUGGAUCUUUCCAAUAACAAUCUGUCAGGUGAAAUUCCAAAGUUCUUAGAGGCUUUUCAUUUCUUGGAGAUCCUAAAUUUAUCCUAUAACAAUUUUGAAGGCAUGUUACCAACUGAAGGAGUCUUCAAGAAUGCAAGUGCCACUUUUAUAGCUGGAAACAACAAGAUUUGUGGAGGAAUCCCUGAAUUUCGGCUUCCUAAAUGCAUCUCUAGACAUCCCAAGAGCAAAGGAGUAGAUCCUAAAUUGAAACUCUCGCUCUCUAUUAUUUUUGGACUUCUAGGGGUGGUUCUUAUUCCUGUUGUGGUGUAUGUAUGUUGGUUGAAGAAGAAAAAAGCACAAGAACCAACUUCAAGUUCCAUAGUUUAUACCUGGCAAAACUUAUCAUAUGGAACUCUCCUUAAAGCAACUGAUGGUUUUUCUUCAACUAAUUUGAUCGGCGUUGGCAGUUUUGGAUAUGUUUACAAGGGAAUACUCCAGGAGAAUGGGACUAAUGUUGCUGUGAAGGUACUUAAUUCAACACAUCACGGUGCUUUGAAGAGCUUCAAAGCUGAGUGUGAGGCUCUAAAGCGUAUGAAACACCGAAAUCUUUUGAAGGUACUAACAAUAUGUUCAAGUAUUGAUUAUGAUGGAAAUGACUUUAAGGCUUUGGUGUAUGAGCUCAUGGUCAAUGGUAGCCUGGAAGAGUGGUUGCACCCAUCUCCAAUAUCAGCCGAUGCAGACGGGCUUUCAAAAAAUUUGAGUCUCGUCCAUAGGAUAAAGAUUUCCAUUGACAUUGCUUUCGCAUUGGAUUAUCUUCAUAACCAAUCCCACGACACAAUCAUUCAUUGUGAUCUAAAGCCAAGCAAUGUCCUUUUAGACGCUGAGAUGGUCGGACAUGUUGGUGACUUUGGAUUGGCAAAGAUCAUCCUUGAAUCCACAUGCGAUACAAAUAUAAGCUCAAUUGGUUUGAGAGGAACAAUUGGUUAUGCUGCUCCAGAAUAUGGAAUGGGUAGUGCGGUUUCUAUUAAAGGUGAUGUCUAUAGUUAUGGCAUUCUCUUGCUAGAGAUGUUCACGGGAAUCAGUCCCACGGCCGAGAUAUUCAAAGAAAAUUCCAACCUUCAUAAUUUUGUUGAGGAAGCUUUGCCUGAACGAGUUCUAGAGAUUACUGAUCCUUUUCUAGUUCAAGAAGUAGAGAACGAUGUAGGCGAAAGCAAAAAGAAUACAUUUCAGGAUUGUUUGCUAAUGAUCUACGGAAUUGGGAUAGCCUGCUCAGUUGGAGUCCCAAGAAAGCGAAUGAGGAUCGCAGAUGUAGCAGCUCAACUCGGUUGGAUCAGGGAUAGACUUUACGCAGCUGGUUAUUGAAGACAGGUGAUAUAUUGAAGCAAUUAACUUGUUGUUCUGGUAAUGCGAAAAUGAAGCCAUGGAGGUAACAGAGUCAUCAUGCAGAACCAAACUGGAGUUGGAAAAAUAGUGAAGUCAUCCAGUAAACUUUGGCAUGUGGGAACCUUCAGUAGAUUCAAAGUCGAUGACAAUGUCCUUGUCCUCUUCUUUCGCAAACAUGGGACGAAUGCUUCUCUAAUGUAUUGUGAGGUUGGUGGAUGGAGUUCUGAUAUAGACUAUGAGUAGUUCAGACGGUGACGAAAAAAGAUGAGCUUCAAUGUUCCUUUGAAACGAAAGUUGGCAUGUAAGAAAAGAAUGCAGUAUAAAGGAUGAUCCUGUCAUUCAUAAUAUAUGUCUCUUAAAGCUAUGUGAGCAAGAACAUUUAUCCCUUUUCCUCUUUUAAGCUAGUUAAAUAGUUCGAUCUAUAAAUACAAGCAGACAUCAUGUUUGCACAUCCCG